CCACUCUUGAUCACUCAGUCCUCGAUUCGCUUCGAUCGAUCGAUCUCUCCAUCGAUCGAUCAGCAGCUAGUACUAGUAGCGGAUCGUCGGAGCUGAGGACGAUAUAUAUAUAUAUAUAUAUGGAGAUGGAGAUGAUCUCCGCGGCGCAGGCGGCGACGUCGCAGCUGCCGCCGGGGUUCCGGUUCCACCCCACGGACGAGGAGCUCAUCCUGCACUACCUCCGCAACCGCGCCGCCUCCGCGCCGUGCCCCGUCCCUAUCAUCGCCGACGUCGACAUCUACAAGUUCGAUCCAUGGGACCUCCCCUCCAAGGCCCUGUACGGCGACGGCGAGUACUACUUCUUCAGCCCGCGCGACCGCAAGUACCCCAACGGCAUCCGCCCCAACCGCGCGGCGGGCUCCGGCUACUGGAAGGCCACCGGCACCGACAAGCCCAUCCACGACAGCGCCACCGGCGAGAGCGUCGGCGUCAAGAAGGCGCUCGUCUUCUACAAGGGCCGCCCGCCCAGGGGCACCAAGACCAACUGGAUCAUGCACGAGUACCGCCUCGGCCUCGCCGCCGCCAACCCGCUCGCCGCCGCCUACCGCCCACCGUCCAAGUUCAGGAACGUCUCCAUGAGGCUGGACGACUGGGUGCUGUGCCGGAUCUACAGGAAGUCCGGGCAGGCGUCGCCGAUGGUGCCGCCGCUCGCCGACUACGAGCACCUGGACCACGACGACCCUUCCUCCGGCGGCUUCGACGACAUCUGCAGCUUCUACGCGCCCACCAGCAGCAGUGGUGCUACUACUAGUAGUACGACCGCCAGCAGCGCCUUCAUUCAGCAGCAGCCGCCGGCGCUGCUGCUGCCGAGGCUCCCGAAGAUCCCCUCCAUCUCCGAGCUCUUGGACGAGUACGCGUUCGCGCAGAUCUUCGACACCGCCGGGCCGGCCGAGCAGGACCCGCUCGCCGUGCACCCCUCCCUCAACCAGCUCCUGGCCGUCGGCGACAGCGCGCACUCCGACCUGACGAUCUAUUCGCCGCCCCCGGUCGCCGGCGGGAAGCGCAAGGCGACGUCGUCGAUGGGUCCGGACGAGUGCGGCGGGAUGAUCACUGCUGGCCGCCACCAACACCCGCCGGCCAAGAGCUCGAGGCUCAACGGGUCGUGCUUGGACGCGCCGCAGCCGGCGAGCUCCUUGCCCGCGACGUCGUCCGUGCUGGGCGGCGGCCUCAAGCAUCACAUGCUCCCUCAGUUCUAGUUGACUUUUAGUUAAUUUGGCAUCAUCAAUCAAAUCUACGGAUCACCUGCGGCGCAUGCAUGCAUUAUGAUGGGUGGUCGUGCGACGAAGAAGUACUGUACGUACUGGAACUAGUAUUGGACAAGUACGCGUAUGCAUACGAUUUUUUUCUCCCGUAUUCAUUUCAGGCGCAGUGCAAACCUAGCUGGAGCUUGAUUGAUCUCAUGUACUACUGCUUUUUUAGUUACGAGAAUAUGUAGCCAGAUCACUAUAAUAAUGAUUCUUAAUUUACUGGAAAUGCACGGUAAAAGAUCAUAUGGGUGUGUUUUAUUU